ACACAACUCUUUUUCAAGUGUAGUUCAUCUCAACGCCGUAACGAGGGGAAGACUUGGCCCAACCGUCCAAACACACAACACCAAUUUUAAUUCCUCUAAAAAUUCCACCACCCCUUCUUCUCUCUCAUCUUUACUGUAACUCACAAACCCACACUAACCCAAACCCUUGAUCCACUCACUGUCACCGAUUGAAGAAGAAGAAGAAGAAGAAGAAGAAACAUAAACCCAGAAAUAGGAGCCAUAGAGAAGACCCAAUUGCAAUGUCAUGAUCUUAUUGUACUUCUAAUCACUGAGAUUUAUGUAUUUAUUUAUUUUUGAUUACAGAGCUAUCAGUUUGAUUUUGUGACAAUGAUGAAUACAACGACUAGUAAUAAUAGUAUGAUGUCCUCGUCGCCAACAUCGACCAACAACACGCAAUCACCUGGUCUUAAGACCUAUUUCAAGUCUCCGGAAGGCCGUUACAAGCUCCAGUACGAGAAGACACACCCUCCUGGUCUCCUUCAUUACGCCCAUGGCAAGACUGUCACUCAGGUGACCCUAGCUCAUCUCAGGGAUAAGCCAUCCCAGGCUGCACCGCCAUCAUCUUCAGGUAUGGGUGUUACGAGUGGUGUGAGAUCAGUGGCAGCAAGGUUCUUAGGUGGUGGGAAUGGAAGUAGGACGCUUAGUUUUGCUGGAGGGAAUGGUGGGAGUAAAUCUGUUAGUGGGAGUAAUAGAGUUGGAUCACUCGGAGCUUCAAGUUCAAAUAGUAUGAUGGGUAAUUCAAACUUUGAUGGGAAAGGGACAUACUUGCUAUUCAAUGCUGCAGAUGCGGUUUUGAUAUGUGAUUUGAAUUCGCAAGAUAAGGAUCCUAUCAAGUCCAUUCAUUUCAGUAAUUCAAAUCCUGUGUGCCAUGCAUUUGAUCCAGAUGCUAAGGAUGGGCAUGAUUUGCUUAUUGGUUUGAACUCUGGAGAUGUUUAUUCAGUGUCACUAAGACAACAAUUACAAGAUGUUGGGAAGAAGCUUGUUGGAGCACAGCAUUAUAACAAAGACGGUUCUGUUAAUAAUAGUCGUUGUACUAGUAUUGCAUGGGUGCCUAAUGGUGAUGGGACUUUCGUUGUUGCUCAUGCUGAUGGAAAUUUGUACGUAUAUGAAAAGAGCAAAGAUGGUUCAGCCGAUCCUUCGUUCCCUGUGAUCAAGGAUCAAACUCAAUUUUCUGUUGCACAUGCACGCUACAGUAAGAAUCCAGUUGCUAGAUGGCAUAUUUCUCAAGGUUCAAUUAAUACUAUUGGCUUUUCUUCUGAUGGAGCCUAUAUUGCCACUGGUGGAAGGGAUGGUUAUUUAAGAGUAUUUGACUACAAAAAUGAACAACUUAUAUGCGGUGGAAAAAGCUAUUAUGGUGCUCUUUUAUGUUGCGCUUGGAGCAUGGAUGGGAAGUACAUUUUGACUGGAGGUGAAGAUGAUCUAGUUCAAGUUUGGAGUAUGGAAGUUCGAAAAGUUGUAGCCUGGGGUGAGGGACACAAUUCAUGGGUCAGUGGAGUGGCAUUUGAUUCAUAUUGGUCAGCACCAACUUCAGAAAGCACGGGAGAAAAUAUAGUGUACAGAUUUGGUUCUGUUGGUCAGGACACACAAUUGCUUUUGUGGGACCUGGAAAUGGAUGAGAUUGUUGUGCCAAUGCGCCGCCCUCCUGGAGGGUCCCCUACUUUUGGUACUGGUAGUCAGUCAUCCCAUUGGGACAGUGCUUGCCCAGUUGGAACUCUGCAACCUGCUCCAAGCAUACGAGAUGUUCCGAAGCUCUCCCCACUGGUUUCUCAUCGAGUUCACACUGAACCUCUAUCUGGUUUGAUUUUUACUCAGGAAUCUGUCCUUACUGCCUGCAGAGAGGGGCACAUAAAAAUCUGGAUGAGACCAGGUUUUGCAGAAAACCAAUCCAGGAACUCAGAUUCUCUAUUGAGUACAAGUUUGAAGGAAAAGCCUUUAUUUUCAGGAAAAGUUGGCAUUGCCGGUUACAAGCAAUGACCUUGAUCAUGGUCAAAUGGCAGGCAAAACCUAGCACUUUUUCAUGGAGAUACAUUUUCACUUGCUGCUGGAUGGCCUCCUCAUAACUGACACUGUGUGAACAUUGUUUGUCUGUCCAGUGAGAUUAACACAAAAUGCCCAUUGUAUAGUCCGGAAUGAAAAUGCCGUUGUAGCACCAUGAAAUUGAAAAGGAGUACCUGCCCACUUUGUAAGUAUGAUAGGGCUGUCAGUAGGAUAUUGUUUUUGACUGCUGAGAAUAACAGAAGCAGUUUCUUUUGAAUUUUUUUUUAGUUCAUAGGUUUGUUUUCUGUGAUCAUUUUUGUCUGAUGGAAAUGCUUAGUUUGAGUUGUGACAUAUAAUUUAUACUGAGCUACC